AUGGAAACGUUGCCGCAUAACCUCCCAUGCCCGUCCGGCGCCUCAGUCAAGGUGUCCGUCCUCAACAACUGUUUCCUUCGCGGAGUGCCUACAGCGCCUUAUGUUGAGCCUAUCAUACCUGAGCAUGAAACAUUCAACGACCUUCCAUGUCUCGUCUUCCUGAUCGAGAGUUCUACCGGCAGGAAAGUCCUCUUCGACCUCGGUCUACGAAAGGACUGGCACAAACUCAGCCCGGUUUCGCUAUCAGAGAUUCAGAACGACGAGAUUGAAAUCAAACUGAAAGAGGAUAUCGUUGAUAUUCUGAACCGCGAGAGAAUCGCUCCAGGCGACAUAGAGGCUGUGGUAUUGAGUCACCAUCAUUGGGAUCAUGUCGGAGAUCUCAGUUUGUUUCCCGAUACUACACGAGUUGUCGUUGGCCCGGGGUUCGUGGAUGCUUUCCGUUUAGGUUAUCCCGACGAUGAUCUGGCGCCACUGCUAGCCAGCGAUCUGAGUGGGAAAUCAGUGGACGAGGUCAACUUUGAAAAGGCCAGCUGUGUCCCUCUUGGUCCGUUCACAGCUUUCGAUUACUUCGGUGACGGCUCGUUCUACAUCGUUGAUGCUCCUGGACACAGCAUCGGCCAUGUUGGAGCGCUAGCCCGGACAACAAGCAACCCGGACACAUUCGUCUUCAUGGGUGCCGACUCGUGCCAUCACUGUGGAGAGUUCCGACCUUCUGCACGCCGCAAAACCCCAAGCGACUUUCGUCUUGGCUCGCCGACUUCAGGACCAUCUUCCCCUUGUCGUGGGCUGACGUCUGAUGAUCACAAAGGUCCUCAGGGCGGGCUUUGUGGAGCUCCAUUCUAUACAAUUACGCGAGACCCUCGAUAUGCCGAGUACACUCAUGAUCACGGAGCUGCGGAUGCAACGAUUGCCAAGGUGCAAGAGAUGGACGGGUACGACAAUGUGUUUGUUACCAUGGCACACGAUGAUUCUAUUCCCGAGAUAGUCGACAUGUUUCCAAAGACCAUCAACGAAUGGAAGUCAAAGGGUUGGCAUGAGAAGGGUCGAUGGGCGUUCUUGAAGGACUUCAACGGCUUGGCUGACGUGACGCGAGGAAGUUAA